UAAAUAUUGCGCAUGGUUUCUGACUUCCUGGUCACGGAGUUCUACGGAGAAUUUCAGUAAGAAUCGGAUUCUGCAGAAUCCGUCCUGCUUCCACUAUGGACGAUUCUCAAAAUCUCAGGCAACGUGGAAAUUUAAGCUUCCCGUUGAAGCUGUAGACUGCAAGUUUUCUGACAUGAUGCAGGGUUCCUACAGGUCUUCAAUGAUUCCUUGGCAAAAUCGAAUUGUUAAAGGUAAAGAAGAUCCUUUUCCUGAAGGCUCAAACGGAUGGUGCUGGGUCGUCAAGUUCGUCAAUUAUUGUCCUGAGCCAGUAGUUGCUUGAAAAACGGAAGAUGCCCACCAUUUUAUGUCUGUAAGCUGAAUAUAAUCUGCAGAUUGACAGAUUGCAGAGAGUUACUUCUCCUGGAAAAGGCAAUCCAUAGAGUCAAACUAGAUAGUUAUAUGAGUUCUUAAAUUCCAACAGUCACCAAUGAUCGAAGCACAACGAUUUUGGACGCAACAACAGCACUAGAAGAAACAGCACAAUGUAUCUUUUCCAUUAGGGCAUCUAUGGAAAAGAAGAAAAGAUUCCAGUCAGCUCAUAACCUCAUUAGUUUGUGCAGACCAACUUUGUUGCCAUAUCCAGCAAAGCAAAGAUUCCCGUAAAACCAGUCUCUAGGGCACCACCUAUAUGUUGCAUCAAGGAAGAAGGACAACCAAGUUAGUUUCUCAGAAACCUCUCUGCGUGUCUGUUCCAUGGAGAAUGGAUCGACUGUUUCUUCCCAGAGGAGCAGGUUCUCGUCGUAUGAGAGGCUAGUGGCCAUAGGAUUGGCAAUUGUGGCUGUGGCCUCGCCGCUAUUCAUUGACCGGAAUCCUGCGGCAGAGGAGGAAGAGGAAGACGAAGCUAGUUUGUUCGACUUUUCUGCCUGGCUGCCACUGCUGCUCUUGAUGCUAAUCUUCGCAAUUGCCUUGUUGCCUUUCAUGGACAAGAGCUUUGCAACGUUCGAUCAUUACUGGAUUCAUAGAGUGGGAGGUUCUCCGGGUGGUAUUCUCUUUAUUCUCGUUGUCCUUGCUCUUAUUCUGAAGUUGAAAGGUUGAGAGAGAGGAGGAACUCGAAAGGAUGUUUCACUCUCCGUGUAAUCCCUGUCAAGAUCGAGAGCGUUUUGUGAAAUUCAAUGAUGAAAGAGCAUUCUAAA